GCAGUUCCGCAAAUUGCGGAAUGCGCACGGACGCCAUCCGCAAUACGGCAACGGGGCGCACACGUUCGUGUGCAGGAGGCCUAAUACAGAGGCUCUAAUCUGGGUGGAGGCACUGAUGUACUUUACCUAUGUUCCCACUCUUCCAUUCAGCGAAGGCUCUAGGCCCAGUAUACACACAGGUCAGCGCCAGAGUCUGUGGUGGGAGGGAUAUUACCCAAAUAGGGCUACACAUUUCACUAGUAGCACCACCACAGUACAUAUACAUAAAACGCGGGGGCUUCAUCCAUGGCUGCCCUAGCACUAGUCCACUAGACUGGAGCUUCUAUGAGAAGUUCCUCCUGGAGGAACCUGCCAGUCACCAGCAGUAACUGUGCAGUAGUGUCUAUAAACCCAAGUGACAUCACAAGGUCCUUACGGCGCAUAGAGUUUAGACACAACCUGUAACUUGAACGUCCUCCACAUUAGAGCGCUCAUCACAAUGCGCCGCCGGAUAAGAAAGCCCCACGUCAGGAGAUUAUUUCACACAAUACACCGAGCGGUCCUUACAAGCGGUGGCGCGUAUUGUGGUGCCCUAACAAAUGCCUGUUUAUUUUUCCCAAAACAGCCGGCAGUACAAAGCCCAUACGGGAGUGUUUCCCUCCUUGCGAUACUCCGGUCACACCGGACUGUUCAGCCAGGUAAGGGUUCUGUAGCUGUGGAGCAGGCCUCGCCGCGGUCACCCCGGGAGGGAGGUGACAUACUGUAGCUGGGGGCGGUCUCUUCACGCUCCUGUUACAGCUCCGGUCCCCCCGCUGCCAGUGUGUUCUCUGUUGUCCUCCCCUCGGUGACAUUGUAUGGACUCUCACACCGGUGGCUUCAUGGUGUGUCACCAGCUCUGACCCGCUGUCAUUACGCCUUUGCUAGCUGUCCCGGGGGAUGUCUUACAGUCACGACAUGGACAAAACAAUAAAGGAGACCUCCAUUCUUGAAGAAUUUAAUAUCAAUUGGACCCAGAAGCUCGGGGCUGGAAUCAGUGGUCCUGUGAGAGUAUGUGUGAAAAAAUCAACGCAAGAACGUUUUGCACUGAAAAUUCUCAUUGAUCGCCCCAAAGCCAGAAAUGAGGUACGACUACAUAUGUUGUGCGCAUCACAUCCAAACAUUGUACAAAUACUUGACGUUUAUGCAAACAGUGUGCAGUUCCCCCACGAAUCAAGCCCCAGGUCACUGAUAUUUGACCCGCUCUUUAAAUUAACACUUUUGAACAGGGCACGGCUCCUAAUUGUUAUGGAGAUGAUGGAGGGGGGCGAGCUGUUUCACAGAAUCAGCCAGCACCGGCACUUCACUGAGAAGCAAGCCAGCCAAGUAACAAAGCAGAUCGCUUUGGCCCUACAGCAUUGUCACUCGCUAAACAUUGCACACCGAGAUCUGAAACCAGAGAACUUGCUCUUUAAAGAUAACUCUUUGGAUGCUCCAGUGAAAUUGUGUGAUUUUGGUUUUGCAAAAAUAGACCAGGGGGACCUAAUGACUCCACAGUUUACCCCAUAUUAUGUAGCACCUCAGGUUCUGGAGGCACAGAGAAGACAUCAGAAAGAGAAGUCUGGAAUUAUCCCUACCUCACCAACACCAUACACUUACAACAAGAGCUGUGACUUGUGGUCCUUAGGUGUCAUUAUCUAUGUGAUGCUCUGUGGCUAUCCUCCCUUUUACUCCAAGCAUCACAGUCGGACUAUCCCAAAGGACAUGAGGAAAAAAAUAAUGACAGGAAGCUUUGAGUUCCCAGAGGAGGAAUGGAGCCAGAUCUCUGAAAUGGCAAAAGACAUCGUCAGAAAGCUGCUGAAGGUUAAGCCUGAGGAGCGUUUGACCAUUGAAGGCGUUCUUGACCACCCUUGGCUGAACUCUACUGAAGCUCUAGAUAACAUUUUGCCAUCUGCGCAGAUGAUGAUGGAUAAGGUUAUGGUUGCUGGGAUACAACAAGCCCAUGCUGAGCAGCUUGCCAACAUGAGAAUUCAAGAUCUUAAUGUCAACUUGAAACCAUUGAAUAUUGUCAAUAAUCCAAUUCUGCGGAAAAGAAAAUUGUUGGGGACAAAGCCGAAGGAUAGUGUUUACAUCCAAGACCCCGAGAAUGGAACUGAAGAUGCUAAUGUUGCGCUUGAAAAAUUGCGGGAUGUGAUUGCACAGUGUAUAUUACCACAGGCCGGUGAAAAUGAAGAUGAAAAAUUAAAUGAAGUUGUGUUAGAAGCCUGGGAAUGCAACAGAGACUGUAAAUUGCUCAGAGACACGUUACAAAGUUUCAGUUGGAAUGGUCAAGGUUUUACAGAUAAAGUCGAUCGCCUUAAACUUGCAGAAAUAGUCAAACAAGUUAUCGAGGAACAAACAAAUUGUCAAGAAGACUCGCAGUAGCUAAAGUGUUUUUUGUUUUUUCAUUUGUUUUUAUUUUUUUAUUUAAUUUUUUUAGAAGAAAAAAAAAAUCUUGCAUCUUAAAUACCUGUAAAAUAGUUUUAUGUAAAUUAUAUCACUGAAUUUCCACAGUGCUUGAACAUACAGUGGAAAAUGUAGAUAGACAGACAUUUACGAGAAAUCAUUGGUACUGUAAUUUAUUUAGAAAAAAUUAUGAACUGGAUUCAGUGGGGUUUUUUUUUUUUUCACACUACUGUACUGUUAAUAGGUACAAUCCUAGCAGGGAAUACACAGCUUUGUAAUACCCUAUAAAAGUAUGAGCCCUCUCCAUCUUUUGCCCCUAGAUAGCCAGCAAGCUGCUACAUACAAAGCUGCUCGAGCCUUCUACCACCAGAUAAGACCAGAACUUACUGCUGAUCAAUACGUUGCAGGCUUGGAUGGUAGUCAGUACAUUAACAUACUUGAAGAUAGCUUUGUGGAAUGUGACCGACGUGGUUACACUGGCUAGCAGUUUCCUCAGGAAUCAUCGGAUAGGGCACAUGCCUUUGAAUUGUUCACCAGCUGCUCUGCAUAUGUGCCAGUAUAAUUCGGAAAGAAAUAGGGCUUUCAAAUGUUACUAAUACUUUAGAAAUCUGUAAACUCUAUCUCUGUAAAUGGACAAAAUGUUAAGAAAUUACUAACCCUGUCAAGUUUUUUAUUUAUUUAUUUUUAUUUUACAGUUAACUCCUUUUCCAGUAGGAGGCACUAUAGCAUAGUAAUACAGAUACCGUAUGUUUUAUCUCUUUUUUUAUUUUUGUGUGGUGCUUUUUAUUUUCUACUUUUAGCUGCACAGUUCUGAGCUUUAAUAGAUUGUAAAGUAGAUAACUUGGUUUUCUAUUUUCACUUUUUUUUUUUUCUUUUUUAGACAUAUACUUACUGUGCCUGAACACGCAGUGAUGAACUGCAGACUAAAGUGCCAAUUCUUGGUUUCUCUAUAAACAUAUGUCUUAGCAACAGUGUUUGUGUCUUAUGACGCCGUUCAAGACAUCUGCAGCUUUCUUUGCCAGGGGCAUCUCCCCUGCUUCAUCUUCUGAAGCUUCUUCAUACUAGGGAGUUCAGUGGAAUGUGCAUUGGUGCGCUCUUCCAAAUAAUGUGUUCUUUAUUUCUGUUUUGUAUUUGUUCGUUUUUUUUUUAUAUGCUAGUCUGAAGCUAGCCGUACUCAUCAGAAAAAUGUCAGCCGAACCUGCCAAUUUCACUAUAAUGUCUAUGGGGACCUCCCGACUCUCCCCAAAGGCAGCUGUUGGUGGAGAUGAGGAUUGGGUAGUCUGGUUUCAACGGAUCCUUUUGUUCUCAGGAGCUACAGCAAGCGGUGUCUGACAGUGGCGUCUUCUCUCCCCCCAUUCAGGGCACAUGCCUGCACAGCCAAGCAUGUAUGUAUGCGGAGGAGUCGGGAGGAAUGGCGUUCGGCCGACAGCUGUCUUAUGUGUAUAGCCAGUUUACAUUUUAUUCUUAAUUGCUGUCUGUAAUUUGCUUCAGACUCAGUGUUGUCCUACUGGUUGAAUUUCACCUGAUCAUUGACCGUGUCCAAAAAGACUUUAAAUAGAAAACCAUAUUGUAUUGACUUUUAUCUAUUACAAUCAGCUGAUGUGUGAAGGCCAUAUCCAGUGGUUCUAUCCAUUGCAUGAAUGCCUGCAUACUUUACUGCUAUGCUGGAAUCAAAGACACUUAUAGCUGCAGUUCAUAGAUUAGAGCAAUUUCCACUUUAUUGUACAUAUCAGAAUGUGAAAUGUAAAGCAACUCUAAAAAUGUCCUCGUUGCAUCCUCUGAGUUGGUGCCGGGUGCUGUCCCACCACCGUGGCUGUAAAGGCUAGCAUUUCUUCAGUUGAAAAAAAACAGCUGAUUCAUUAGAGAUCUAGUGAAAUGAAAGGCGUACAAUCUACCAUGUCCCAGCGGCACUCUGGGUGAGGUUUAUUAAAGGGUUUGUCUGACCAUAUAUAUUGAUGACCUCUCAUGAGGAUAGGUCGUCAAUCAGCUGUUUGAAGAGGAGACGGUGCUCCAUGCAACAAGUAGUCACUCCAUUUAAGUGAAUGGAGCAAGUACUUGUAUUACACUGCACUUCUGAGAUGAAGAGGAUUGUAGCACUGUCUCCUCGUCAAACAGCUGAUCCGCAGGGUGUUGGACCCCCAUGAUCAGAUAUUGAUGACCCAUCCUGCCGAUAGACUUGGGGGGGGGGGGAGGGGGUGCGGACGGCACACCUAUUUCAAUGAGCGGUGGGUACGCGUCUCCAGGGAAAAUAGUAAGCUUCCCCGUGCUGAUCGGACAGUCUGUGUAUACAAGAAGAAGUAUGAAGACAUUUCGUCAUUUCAUUGGAAUUUAUUCCAGAUGUAUACACAGAGUGCCCUAUCCUGACAAUUGGUCAUCAAUAUGUAUAGCCGGACAACCCCUUUAAUGCAACUAUGUGGCAUUAAAAAGUUGCAAAGUAUGGCACAAUCCAUUAUUAUGUCAUAAUCUGCAGCUUUCUGAGCUUCCACAGCCCAUCAAAUAUACUCUAAUUACAUCAGAAAACGGCUUAGGGUUCUCUGGGAAUUAGGUAAAAUGGCCCCUAGCAACCUGUCCUAGAAUAUGAGCAGGCAGGUUGCCUCCACUUGCAGAACUGCCUAGGCGGAUGAGGCAAUGAGGCCUCGCUGCACACUAUGCUCUGGCCCUUGUAUGUACUCUCCACUGGUAAGCCUUCCCGUCAGGCUGCUCAGCCAAGAUGGCAUAUUGUAGGCAGGAUCACAUCAUUACCAUCUAUAAUGGAGCAGUGUAAUGAAGCCCCACCCCCACUCGGCAUGACGGCUCUACAAGUGGUGACAACCAGUCUUGUUCACAUUCUAGGACAGGUCGCUUGCAGUCACUUUAAAUAAUUCCUGGAGAGCACCUUUAAUAUAGCUCAGGUCUACACGAGCCCCUCGCUGGCAUAGAUUUGAGUUUCUUGUGCUCGGAGGGGCAGAUAUGCUCUCUUAUAAAUUAGGCACAUCUCAUUCUGGCAUCCUGGGUUAUAGGAAUGCCAGUUUUCAUAAAUUUCCCAAAAUCUGUUUAAUUUUGCAUGUUGCCAUUUUUAUUUUUAUUUUUUAUAUAAUAUAUAAAGGGUUUUCUGUGAAGACACCUAUCAGAUUAAACUUGUCCUCCAUAUAUAAGUACUGAGAGGCAUUGAUGGACCAUGUCACAAGGUAGCACACGUAUAUUAUAGAUGCUAAUGCUUUUCUAACUGAAAUCGUCCUAGCCUUCAGGUCCCGUAGCAGGAAAUCAGUUUUCUAUACGUUUUCUACCGAGUUUUUAGAUCUCAGUUAUACCACAAUGGUACACCGCACUGACUGGAUUUCUUGCUGGGUUGCCUGCUCAUUGGCUUGCUGGACAUGAAAGCCAAUGAUGUGGUUGAGCAGGUUUCUGUAUAGGCAAAUAGUGGUGGGCUUGUGGAAUAUAGUACAGGACUGCCAUGGAGGACAUUUGUACCAUCUGUGUGCUGUAGGACAUUAGUAGCACUCAUCAUGAUGACGACCAAAGCAUCAGUAUUCCCUGGGGUACCUUUUUGUAACUACAGAAUGUGUAGUCUUCUGUUUCUGUUCAGUCAGAGUUGCAUAUAGUCAGCAAUUAUGGAUGCCUUUUAUGUUUGCAAUUUUGCUUGAUUUUGCAAUUAACUAAUUUGGAAACAGAAUUUCCAUCGCACAUUUAUCGUGUCUCAUAGGUAAAGCAUUAACCAAGUUUUCAGCAGAUGCUGCCUGAUUUAAUGGGAGGUGCUGUAGGUCUGAAUUGUGAUCCCAAUAUGCGUGGCCUCGUAAUUUGUGGUCAGACCACAGGCUUGUAGUUAAUAAGUGUAACUGACAACCAGUUUGUUUUAUUUAGUGUAUCAUAAUUACACAUUUCUUUUACCAAUUUUAUCAUUUGGAAAUGCAAAGAAUAGUAUAUCUAUUUUCAUUGUAAUGUGUCUGGCAGCUAGAUUUGGUUAUAAAUGCGGCAUUGUUGAUUUUCUGUAAUUUUUCACAAGAAGAGAAAACACUUGUAGAACAGUUCACAGUAAGACCCAAGGGAAGUUUCACCAGGACCGACCUUUUAUUUAGUGCAGCUGUUAGGUGCCAUAAGAUAUACAGCCAGUUGGAGGAGCUCUGCACUAAACAUGCCUUGUAAGGUAAAGCAUGCCCAGUUCUAUGGCACUUUAGUAUGAAGAUACCAUGGAUGUAGAUACGUUCUCUUGAGGACCACUUUGCCUUCCUUAACAGAUGAAGGUAAUGUGUCUGUCAAGGUGAUAGAUUCCCUUUAAAUGAGUUGUAAUGGCUGCAAUAUCCAUGCUUACAAGUUUUAGAUUAUUUAAAGUCACCUGUCAGCAAAUUUGUGCCUAUGAAACUGGCUGACCUGCUACAUGUGCGCUUGGCAGCUGAAGGCAUCUGUGUUAGUCCCAAGUUCAUAUGUGUCCGCAUUGCUGAGAAAAAUGAUGUUUUAAUAUAUGCAAAUGAGCCUCUAGGAGCAACGGGGGGCGUUGUCGUUACUCCUAGAGGCUCUUCUCUCUCUCAACUGCAGCGCCCUCUCCACUUAUACAGGGCCAGGCAGUAAAAAUAUCAUCACACCUGGCCCUGUCAGUCAAAGUGCAGAGAGAGCAGAGCCUUUAGGUGUAACGGCAAUGCCCCCGUUGCUCCUAGAGGGUCAUUUGCAUAUAUGAAAACUUCUUCUUCAUUUUUCUCACAAUAUGGGCACAUAUGAACAUGGGACCAACACAGAUGCCUUCAGCUGCCAGGUGCACAUGUAACAGGUACAGAUCUACUGACAGAUGUCCUUUUAAUAAACUAUACAUUAUAGCAAAUACAGGGUUUGUUCAGAAUUGUGAAAUAAGAAGUGCAAUAAGUAGUCAGGUACAACUUGUGUUUUCUAUUUCUUUCAUAUCUAUGUAAGGAGCUUUAAUUGCAGCAUUAAUAAUAUUUAAUACCUAAAGAGCACCCCAUGUAGAGUAACCCUGAAAGAAGCAGGGUUUAAUAAUCUAUUAUUUAUUACUCUUUUAUUAGGUUUAAUAUUCUAAAUCCGAGAGUGGUUCAUUGACUUGUGAUGUGGUUGUCAAACUCUCAUGUGACAAGUCACCCUGGUUUUGGUGCGACACGUGGGACAUACACUGAUCUCUAGAACAAGUGGGUCUCUGUUUCCAUUUUUAGAGUGUUUGUGGUUGUACAUUUGUCGUCUUCUCCCUUCUCGGCACACACACACACACACACACAGCCAUUUUAAUCUAAGAAUAUUUUUGAAAGAGACAUUUUUAAAGGCUAUGUACACCUUUUCAUAGCCGUUUUUUAUUAUUGUAUUUUACUCAUUUUGGGCUAAAAUAGCACUUUUAUAUUUGUCUUUAUUAAACAUUUUCAACAGUUUUUCCUUUACAGCGUUUAGUGCAUCAAAAGUCUGUUGCUCUCCCCUUCUUAGUAAAUCUGUCAAAGAGCUGUUUCAUUUGUAACCCUUAUCUCUGAUCUCCUGAUAGCUCAUAAACAUUAUUUAAGCUACAUUCUUAUCAGAUUGAUAUAAAUGUGGCUAUAUUGAGUGUUUAUGACUGAGAAGGGAAAGCAACAUUCUGCAGAGACACUGAAAGUGAAAGCUGUAGAGAAAAAGCAGUUGAAAAGUUUUAAUAAAGACUUUUUAAAACAAAAUGAGUAGAGUGCAAUGAUAACGAAUAUAAUGAAAAUGCCCCUGAAGGUGUAGGCUUUAGGAUUGUAAAUUAAGAUAGGCUGUCAGUCACUACUUUUUUCAGUCUCAUUGUUUAGCAUCAAUCCGGGUGAACAUGUUCCCCAAAACCACCAUUUUGAGAAAAUUAAUUCCCUGAAUAUUUCAGGUAUACUUUUAUGCUUGGCAUAAUUUUAUUUAUCGUAUAGUUUGUGUAGGCAUCAGCUAUGAUUUGAUAGGAAGACCUAAAUAUGAGAUCAUUUAUGAUACCAGCCAUAAGUAAAAGUCAGCUGUGAAUCUCAGCACAAGGCCUAGUUGUUAUAAAGGCCACCUAAUUUUGUGUCCAUUGAACUUGAUUAGUUUGUUUUGGGAGGUUUGGUCUGUAUAUUAGAGGAUAUUGACCUAUUGGCUUAUUUACCUCCAGCUAUCAGUGAGUGAAUGGAUUUCCACCUAUGGGGUCAAUCAAAGCCAGACAGCUGAGGUUCAUGUUGGAUGUGGUUUGUCAUUGACUGACGUUCCAGAGGUUUUACAUGACUAUGUAUUAAGUGUUUCAUGCUGCCGAAGUCAGGAUUUCAGUCCACACUUGAAACUUUAUAUGUAUUUAUGUACAAUCUAGCAACAUUGGCACUCCUCAUUCCAAACUACAAUAUGUUUGACUUCCCUCUCACCCUUACUGACUCCGACGUGACGGUUAUUUAUUUCAUUUCUGUAGAGCUGACAUAAUGCCCUAAGUGGGAUGGAUUAUGUUCCUAGUACACCAUUUAGUCUAGAAGAGUUUAAGUAAGGCCUGGAAAUAUUUCAUUUUUUUCUGAUUGUGACCUUGACGUAUUGUGUAUCGUGUUCUUGUUUGAUCUCGGUGAUUGAUUUAUAGUAUUUUGAGUCAAUGUUUCUCGUUUAGGAGAUAAAGAUAAACUGGUGAUUAGUAGAUGACGAAUUCAAGCAGUUUUAAUUAGAUUAAUUUACCCUUCUUCUUACAGGCGUUAUCUACCUGGCCUUUAUUCAUCCGGUAUUCACUAUCGUGGUACAUUCAGUAAUGACACGCACAUUGAUUAAUCGUUAUGUAAGAGAACUUUUGUAUCCCCGUAUCUUUUACUUUAUGUACAACCAAAGAAUCGUAUGCACCCAUCCGCUAAAAACUUUUUACCUGCUUGCAUGU